UUGCUGACAUCGGACAAUUUGUAAUGAGCGAAAAGUUUUCACAAAAUACGUGGCUUACGCAUCGUAUUUUCGCGCUAAUUCUAAAUAGUAAUGUACUUCGCCAAAUAGCCGUUAAUUUAACAACACACAAUAUGUUGGCACUGUUGUUGCAAUUGUUUUGUUAUCUUGUCGCAUUCAUAUUGGCCACCGUGUUGUUGAUGGUGUUGGUUUUGUUAUACAAAACAAAACCAUAUCCAAUUAUAACACGACACAAGGAUGAAAAGUUCUAUUUGGAUCCGAAAACGAUAAAAACAAUUGAAUUUCCUAGUUUGGAUGAACCGCCCACCUUGGAGCUGAGCGUCAUUGUGCCGACCUAGAAUGAAGAGCAACGACGUGGCGAUGCCACAGUUUCUAUGGCCCUCAAAUAUUCCAAGCUGCAUGGUGCGGAUAAAUUUCGUGUGUUGGAGCUUGUCCAGAAUCGUGGCAAGGGCGGCGCUGUACGUCUGGGCAUGCUCAGUGCCCGUGGCCGGCAAUUACUCUUCGCCGAUGCCGAUGGUGCAACGAAAUUUGCCGUCUAUGAUAAACUGGCAGAGACAUUGACCAGUGUGGCGCCCGAAUGGCGUCACGAUGGCAUCGCCAUUGGUUCACGUGCUCAUCUCGAGAAUGAGUCAAUUGCAAGGCGUAGCUUUUUUCGGUAACACAAUUUUAAUGCAUGGCUUUCAUACGCUUGUCUGGAUAUUUGCGGUGAGAUCGGUGCGAGAUACACAAUGUGGCUUCAAGCUAUUUACACGUGCAACCGCACGUAAACUAUUCAAUAGUUUGCACGUGCAACGUUGGGCCUUUGAUGUGGAGCUGCUUUAUCUGGCUGAACGUCUCCGUCUGCCCAUGGUCGAGGUGGCUGUGCGCUGGACAGAGAUAGACGGCUCCAAAUUGUCGCCAUUCUGGUCGUGGUUGCAAAUGGGCAUUGAUCUCUUUAUGAUUUGGCUGCGUUAUUUAAUCGGCGCUUGGCGCUUAUCUGCCAGUCAGAAGAAUUAAAAAAAACGUCAGCGA